UCAAACGGCGCUCGGCGGGAGCGGCGCCGGGGCCGCUGCCGGAGAUGGAGUCGGGGGACGCGGCGGUGCGGACGCUGCCCAGCAUCGGCCACCUGUCGCGGGGACCGCCGUUCGGGCGAGCGCACGGGCGGUUCGGGCUCAGCCCUAGCGGACGGCCGCUUCCGCCGCGCUCACGGGAGAGCGCGGAUCCGCAGAAGACAGCCUUCCUGCUGCGCAAGCGCUGGGCCCUGUACUCCGUGACUCCGCUCUACAAGUUCUGCGGCGCCCACCUGAGGGACUACGCCAGGCUGCUGAGCGCCUUCAUCGCUGCCGAGAAGCAGAAGGGCCUGGCUGUGGAAGUAGGAGUCGAGCUGGACAUCAAAGUGGCCGUUUCUUGCCUUCCGGACUUGAAAGGUCGUGAUCAGGACCAAGCUGCAAUUCUCGUGCAACUUUUGUCAAGAUCACCAGCUGUCUCCAAGAACUCUGAGGACAAAUUGAUAUGGUCAGGCUGGUUCUGCUGUGUGUCUGGAGACGAUCUUCCUGAGAACGUGCCUGAGGAUUUCACCUGGCUGCCGCUGUUUCUUGCUAAUGGGGCAGAGAGUUACACAGCCAUUGUUGGAAGCUGGUUUCAGAAGACUUUUGACUGCUGCUUCCGCCGUUUAGCCAUCAGCCCUCUGAGCCUCAGCUGGAUGGCAGCUAUGUGGACAGGAUGCAAAGCGGACAAAACUCCGUCUGCACUUGAACUCAUUUUUUCUGUCCCCUGCUUGCCCCAGCCUCUAGACAUUUCUUAUGCCAUUCAUCCUGAGGAUGCAAAAGCUCUGUGGGACACAGUCCAGAAAACUCCAGGAGAGAUCACUCAAGAAGAGGUGGAUGUCUUUAUGGACUGCCUUUACUCCCACUUCCACAGACACUUCAAGAUCCACUUGUCAGCCACGAGACUGGUGAAAGUUUCUACGUCAAUUGCCUCAGCACACUGUGAUGGGACUAUAAAGUUUCUCCAAAGCCAAUACCUAACUGGGGUGUUGAUGCUACUGACAGAGCUAGCAGUCUCCCAGAUACAGUGAGAGUGACUUCAGCAAAUCUUCACUCUGGAAGGGCUUCCUGGCAGAAGGUGUCUGCCGAGAAACUGACUGGAAACUCACUCCUGCAGCAUCUUCUUGCCUUUCACACUGACUGUUCAAAGCUGGACUAACUCCUGCACUCAGCUCUCUAACUAGUUGCAACCCAACAUCAUGCAAAGACAAGCGGACGUUUCACCCUACAGCAGGGCUACAGUACAAACUCUGGUUUCUCAAGCACCUCUUGUUUUGUCAUAGACACUGUGCCUUUAUCUGUAGUUACCAGCCAGGGGUUAGGAGACUUUGCAACUCAGGUAUUUCUGUUGUUUCAAGCAGGAGGCUGAUUCUUUAACCAGAACACCUAAGCUGUACAGACAUUAGCCUUAGCUAAAGGUGUGACUAGCCCUGGGCCUGUCUAAGUGCACUAUCAAGCAUCCUUGAGGGGUACUUGCCUGACAGGCUUUUAACUUCCUUUCUAGGUUCCAAAGGCCAUGAGGUCUUCAUCUACAGCCCAGGUGGCCCAAAGGUGUUUGCAUGACAAUGGCCCAGUGUGUCCAACCUGUUUGAUCCUCCCAGACAAGCUAAUGCAUAGGAAAGUGUGGUCUGUGUAGAAAUGUACUGUUCUUUGCCUGAUGGUUGUUGGCUUGUAGGCCAGAGCUCUCAAGGCUGGAGCUAGAGGUGCUGAGAUUUUAUAUGACAGCUUUUCCUUCUACAGCAGGCAGAACCCUAAGCCAGUGCCUGGCUGUAGUAAGAUUUUAUAUUACAGUACUAAAUAAAUAGUUUGCCACCUUUUGCCAGUAGACCCAAGUAACCACCACCCAUGCUUAACUAUGUAUUUACAAGAUACUUACUUCCAACUAUUAAAUAAUUCUGUGAGCAGCAAA